AGAGAGAGAGAGGUGAGGAUGAAGGUGAUGUCGUGCUUCUUCCUCCUCCUCCUCUUUCUCCUCCUCCUCUUCUUCUAUCUACUCCUCGUGCCCGUCUCUCAGCUCCGCAGUGCACUGGCGGACAGCACAGCACGGGACAGGACACACUCGAACACACUCGAACACACACACACACACACACACACAAAGCAGUGCGCGGGACAGUAGACGGGAUCGGCACACACACACACACACGCAAACACAAACACGGUACGGGAGCGCGCACGGGCGCGCGCAGAAGGAGGAGAGCACUCCGGUGCUGAAGUCCCACGCACUGAGCUCGCCUCGUCUUCCACACGGGACUUACUAUGAGCUGCUCACGCCUCGGUGACCGUUAGCUGCUGCGCAUUCAGAGAGGAACGAGGCAGGAAAGCCUUUCAGCCUUACAGCCUUUCAGUCAUGGACACUUUAGCGUGGAUGGUGUUUUGCGCGGCGGUGGCAGUAGUGUGUGGCUCUACAUUAGAAUUGCCCCAGGAAGACGUAUGUGCUUCUGGUCACUACACCAGCGGUGGCGAAUGCUGCAUAGAGUGUCCACCGGGGGAGGGUGUAAUCACCCCGUGUGGAGAUACUCAAACCGAGUGUGGCCAGUGCCUUGACAGCGAGACGUACUCGGACCAAUACAGUUACACGGACAAGUGUCAGACCUGUACAGAGUGCACCGGGCUCAUGCGCAUGGAAACGCCAUGCACUGACUCAAACGAUGCUGCGUGUGUGUGUGAUUAUGGCUACUACAUGAGUGACGUGACGGGUGGCUGCGAGCCGUGCACAGUGUGUCCACGUGGUCAUGGGGUCUACGUGCGCUGUGAGCCUGACCGCGACACGAUAUGUGAGCCGUGUGAGGAUGACACCUACUCAGACCAGGAGAGCUCGCUGGAUCCCUGCUUACCCUGCACCGUCUGCAACGAUGGCUCAGAAGAAUUAGAAACACUGAGGGACUGCUCGCCCACAGCCGAUGCCUUGUGUUAUGAUCCGCUGGCUCCCACCAUGGCAUCUCCCAGCACUCCUCCUGAGUUGCCGUGGUACGAGCUCAGAAGCCCCGGCCCGGAUGUGGAGAGCACCACGGCCAAGCCAAGCUCACCACGCUUCAUUGGUGGGGGUCUCAAUGAGAAUCUCAUCCCCAUCUACUGCUCCACCCUGGCAGCCGUGCUCAUUGGCCUGCUCGCGUACAUCGUCUUCAAAAGAUGGAACAGCUGCAAGCAGAACAAACAGGCGGCCAACAACCGAGCGGCCACGGCCAAUCAGACAUCUCCGUCUCCGGAAGGAGAGAAGCUCCACAGUGACAGUGGCAUCUCUGUGGACAGCCAGAGCCUUCAGGAGCAGCAGCAGCUGCAGACACAGGCCGAGGCUCACACACAAACCCAAACUCAGCUCCAUGUGCCUGAACAGAUCGUGGUGAGGGUGGAUGGAGGGGCUCAGUCGGGCUCUCCGCCAUCACAGGCAUGAAGGGAGCUUCUGAAGGAGGUGACACCAUCAAGCAGAUGAAGGAGAAGAAGUUCCAGUGAGAGCAAAGUGGUGGGAAGAGAGAGGAGGAAAGUGGCAUGCUGUUCUGGUGGUUAUUAGCUAACUGUGACCAUCAGCUCCUAAUAAACCCAGUAUGGACAUUUCCCCGAUGCACUGGGUCCUGUGAGCUUGGAGAUCAGAUGUUUUGGGCCACAAUCUUCACUUCUACAGAAAUGCCAUCAUAUUAUCCACAUGCCCCAAGGUCAACACUUUACAGGCUGAAACCCAGUUCAGAUCAUACCAGCAGCUGUCAUCUGUAAUGACACUUUGAUCUAAAUUGGGCUUCAUAUAGCACUGAUAUCUAACAAAACAGCUCAUUUAACACCAUCACCCAAAUCUAAAUGGCCUUAUAGCAUUCCUCAGUGUAUUAUCAAUGAUGUAUAUGCCAAAAUAUAUGUAUGUAAACCAUGCAUUUGUUCCCCUAACAAACUAAUCCAUAUAGGUAGUCAACUCAAACCAACUGAAGAUCACCAACCCAAGUAAAGCCACUUCAUGUUUUAAAGACACUCUUAGAGCUAAGAAAGCAGGUCUGUUUUUCAGACUGAUUGCAGCCGUUGCCUCCUGCUCCUGAUGAUCUGAUCCCACCAAACUUUCAGAUGAAUAAGAGAUCUAAAUCCGGACCUAUGACCCAUAUAGGCCGUAUAUGGACUCCACAAGAAUGCCUCAAUCGCACUAACCUCCUUUGUUUGGUUUUUGAGUCUUUAUUCUUAAUAUUCUUUAUAUUCUUGACCCCUGGCAAGAAAAAAGCAUGUCUUUGAGGUGUUGGUCAGAUUCCUUCCUUCAAAGUAGUGUAUAGAGAUGUGAAAGGUUGCCCUUUAAAGUCCAGGCCUGUUAGUGGUGCUGUUUUCACCCCUAAUGGUGGUUUGUGAAGUGAAGCUAAUUCUGUAUCAGUGAGUGUAGGCGACAUCUUGAAAAGGUGACAUUUACUGACCUUUACGUUUGUAAUGACUCACAUCUAUACUUAGCACGCUCUCUCUCUCUCUCUCGCUCCCUCUCUCUCUAAGCAGCUAUCUUUUUCUGACAUACCCACAUACAAUCUUCAUUUCCUCCACACAUACAUACUGUAAGUGCAUUGUAUUCCCUCCGCUAUUACCUCACUUCCACCCAGGUUUAUGUUACAAUGCUGAGUUGUAUGGUUCUCGUUUCACUAAGAGCAAACUAUAGCGGGCCAGUUGGAUGCAAUCCUGCAAUUCUGCACAUCAGAGGGAGUCGGCUUAAUACAUCACUGUUGUAAUUCCCAGGCUCAAUAUUCAGUGAUUCAUCUUCAGACUUCUGUUCGCCAUUUACCUCUCUCAAUUUCACCCCAUGGCUGACUAAAUCAGCUUUGAGAACCGUGGGUAAAUGAUUCAUGCCGUGGUUGGUGAGUGGGCCACAUGUGGUAAACUGGGGUCCAUUAGAUGCUCUAAUGUGGUUGCGCUCCAUAGCCAGCUCAGCAUCAUUGGACUGUGAGUGGUUAUGACUGGCUGUAAGUGCUGUAUCACUGUGCUGGUGGUAAUGCCGUUAAAAAAAAUUACUUCUAACCAGCACCCUUAAAGGUUCUUCAGGUUCUUUGUCCCUUUUGGGUUCCCCUCAAAUGUUCUAUGUAGAACCCUGCAACAGAAGGUUUCUACAUUAGGUUUUAUGUAGAACCCUGUCUACAUAGUGUUUUCCUAUCAGACAAAUUCCAAUCAGACUAACUGUCUAAUUGGUGGACUGAUUAUAAUUAAAAAACUACUAGGCAAUCACAGCAAAGAAAGUGAGCAGAGUAUCUCGCUUACUCUUCUUCUUCAAGUGCACUGAUGAAUUGCUGGUUCAUGUUAUAGUUGUAUAGUGCCACCUUGUGUGUGGAUGUCCAAAACAGCUAAUUUAAUUUCAUGUGAACUCUAACAAUAGUUUAGCAGUCUGUGAGUGGGUGAGUGAAUAAAAAUGUCUACACAUACUAUCAAAUUGCUUCAAGUUGACCUGGGGGUGCAUCAAUAACAUACAGGAAAGGAAGAGUUCUCAUCAAGAAUGAGCGGUGUGAAAGUGGGCAAACACUCACAACUCACAUACCAUCCACACACCACAACAGAACAACCAAAACCAAC